CGUGCUUGUUAACUGUUGAGCCCGCACUCACCUUCCUGUGGCUCUGGUCUUGAGAACCUCAGUGUGAUUGCAACUUGUCCAUGUGACUUGGUUUCCGUUGCCUGCCUGCUUCCGUGAAGCUUAAAAAAGGGGGCACUAGCGCUCAGUCAGAGAAGGGUUUUGCAGCUGAAAGUCACACACACAAGAGCUCUUUUUACAACAGCAAGUCACUCAGCGAUAUGGUCAGGGGAUCAACCGUCAGUGGCUUGGGAAAUCCGCAUCUAACCACCAGUUGUGGAUGAUAAAAUGCCAGCCCAACAUCUUACUCCCAUCCUACUUUGCUUGUUGGCCAUGUGGAGAAUCCAGACACCAGUCUCAAGUCAUCCACAAUACAACCACUGCCAGCUGGUACAAGAAACUGCUGUCUGCAACAGUGCCGAACUCUCAUCUGUGCCUGCAAGACUGCCUGAGAACCUAGAAGAGAUUCAGCUAAACUACAAUCAAAUUAAAACACUACAUGAUAACUCUCUUCUUCGUUACCCAUCUCUCAUCACCUUAACUUUAGCUUGCAAUGGUCUGGAGAGAGUACAAUCAAAUGUUUUUCAAGAUUCAAAAUUGUUAGAGAACCUAAACUUUGCAAAUAACAAUAUUAACACUGGCUAUGAAGAAACCAGUGUUGCAUUAAGAAAGCUACCUGGUCUUAGAUUUCUAGAUCUUUCUGAGAAUAAGCUCAACAAUGAAAUGGCUUCUACUCUUCUUCAUCAUUUAUCAUCCCUGGAGUACCUCAAUCUUUCUGGAAACCUCUUGCAGAGAUUGGACGAGACCUCGUUCAGGCAUCUUCACAACCUCAAAGAACUAGAUCUUCAAAGAAACAUAAUGUUUGAAAUUGACAGUGCUUUUGGCAGCAACCCGAAGCUUCAGAGGCUCAACUUGGCCUUCAACUAUCUGCCUUGUCUGACAGACUUCAACAUGACUCAAUUGGUUGUCCUCAAUGCCAGCUACAACUUCAUCGAGUGGUUUAUUUCAAGACAGGAUCUCAACGAAACGUUCCAGCUAGAGACGCUCGAUCUGUCAAACAAUAGACUCCUCUUUUUCCCUUUCUUGCCAAGCCGCAGUAAAUUACAGAACCUUUAUCUCUCCCACAAUAUACUAAGGUUCUAUGAAAACUUGGUAGACAAUAAUACGCUCCAAAACUCAACUAUGAGCGUUGAGUUCUAUAAUCUACAAAAGCAUAUGAAAAAUGUAACUGCUCAGCUAUGGGAUAACAACCUUCAUGGUGAUAUUUCUUCUCUGGACACUUUAGAUUUGAGAGGAAACCAGGUGGAUUAUUUCCCUGAUGGAUUUAUCAAGAAAAUGCCCACCCUGUCAAGACUCCGAAUGAGCAUGAACUGCCUAGAAACGCUCAAUCUCUCAUCAGAACAGUUCUUUGGCAGCUUGUAUGAGCUGGACAUUAGCAACAACAGACUAAACCAGAUUUCAGCGGAUGAUAAAUUGCUCACCACAUUGGGCAAUCUGACUUACAUUAACCUGAGCCAGAAUGAUUUAAAGGAGCUACCUUUUGGGUUAUUUUCUUCAUUGCAAAGAAUCCACUCCGUCGAUCUGAGCUAUAACAACAUUGGCAUUUGCCUACCUGAUAAAACAAACAUCAAUGUAAACAACAUUACAAGUUGCGUUCAAUGGAACAACAUUGGGUCCCUUAGGCAGCUUUACCUUAAAGGUUGCAACCUUGAAACUGUCCCAACUUCUGCAUUUAUGGAGUUGUCGUUAACACACCUAGAACUGUCUGAUAAUCCUGGAAUUGAUGUCCAAGAUUCAUUACAAAGCUUAAGCAGAACGUUGCAACAUCUGGGCUUGGGAAACACUCAAAUACAAGACAUUGACCUCUCCCAUUUUCAAAGUCUGAAGUCACUUAAUCUUUCAAAGAACUCUCUUUUCCAUCUUCCCCCUUCACUUCAUGAUAUUGACCUGAACGUCCUGGACAUCAGGGACAAUAGACUGUCCACCAUCCCCUCUGGUCAAGCUCAUUCAUUGGCCUCAAAACUUCAGACUAUUUUCCUCACUGGAAAUAUGUUCAACUGCUGUCAAACAGAGUGGUUUAGGACAUUUGAAACAACAAAGACAGUUAAUAUGAUUGGAAAGUCAGAUAUUGAAUGCCAAGAUAUCCUAGCGAUGACACACAGAGUGCAGGACUCACAAAUGUUUCUUUGUUUGGAAGAAGGGGAAUCCAUCCUGUGGUACAUUCUGCUUCUCGUACCUAUUUGUCUUUGUUUAACAGGGAUCUCUAUUGUUGUUUUUCUUGCAUACAAGUCCAAAAUCCUACAAAAAUCAAUCAAAAAGAAGUAUUUGAAGCCCACCUCCUACUGAUACUUUCUAAAGUUCAAACGUUAAUGCAUUUUGCAUGUUAUCCAAAAAGGUAGCUGGGUAGAUGUUGAAAAUAAAAUAAAAAGGCCUUUAGGCAAAGGUGUGUUUAACUGUUUCACAUUGCCUUGUAUUGCUCAUUGAACUGUGGUUCAAAACCAGCCCCGAAUAUUAAUACCGUCAUGUAAAACUGUGGCUGAAUAUGUGGGUCUUGGUUUGUCAGUGUGUGUGUGUGUGUGUGUGUGUGUGUGUGUGUGUGUGUGUGAAGAUAUGCAGAAGUAGUGUGAUGCAAGCUGUUGCUAUAAGCAGCAGAGGAAACAUGAAAUUUCCUGUUUUGCUAAGAUGUGCAGCAACUGCCCCCUUCUGUAUCUCAAAGAGGAGGGGUUUGUGGUUUCCUUCCCAUCAGAGAGACAAGAGCGCAUUAUCGAUAUAAUAUUCCAGAUCGGUGAUACAUGUGUUGAGUUACUCUGGACCCCUGUGUUCUGUUUUAUAAAUAAAACUACUGCACGACCUGU